UGUUGAAAGGAGGGGCUGGGACUGGGCGAUGAUGGACCGCUAACCAGUUAGCAUAGCUGAAACGGUUCACAUGAACAGAGCAGUCUGAGAGGUUAGUAGCAGCCGGGCCAGAGGUCAGUAGGGGUCACUGGCAGCACGGCACUGAAUGUCCGUGACAGCUUCAUGGGCCUGAAGGACCAUCUGGAUGAUGGAGCAGGCCGCAUCCUCGACCUGGGGCUGGAUCUGGACUACCUCCACGUGAAGGCUGUAGACCGACAGGUCGGUGCUGAUGCCCCUCCAAGCAUGGAAAAGGGCUCAUUGGACUCCGGUGAUGACGGGGCCCCUGACUCUAUAACACCCGCUCCUUCAUCCCGGGCCGAUUCGGAGGACAGCGCCGGUUCUGACGGAGAGGUGGAGACUGGCUGCACACUCGCACAGAGCGAUGGAUCAGCCCGAACCGUACACCCACCCUUGUGCCGCUCUCUGUGCCUGGAUCUGGAUUCUCCAGGGUUACCGGAGGUCACACAGAACACACAGGACGACAUACAUCCUUCUGACACACUCAGGGAGUACCAGACCAAGCUGGAAUUUGCUCUGAAGCUGGGAUAUGCUGAAGACCUAGUCCGGCUGGUCCUUAGCAAGCUCGGGUCAGAUGCACUGAUCAACGACAUCCUAGGAGAGCUGGUCAAACUCGGCAGCAAGUCCGACAACGAUAGUGGUGCAGCAGGUUUAUCUACACCCAAUUCUUCAUCCCUAGUGUCUUCCGGUUCAUCGUCUUCUUCGGCAUGUAGCUUUUCUGACUCUACUGAUUCACGUCGGUCUGAGUCGCCAUCUCAGGCAAUGCUGGAUGACAAGGAUAACCUACGACCGAUAGUUGUGGAUGGCAGCAAUGUAGCCAUGAGCCACGGCAACAAGGAGGUGUUUUCCUGCCAGGGCAUUCAGCUCGCAGUGGACUGGUUCCUUGAGCGUGGCCACAAAGACAUCACAGUGUUUGUACCAGCCUGGAGGAAAGAACAGUCCCGGCCUGAUGCUCCUAUCACAGAUCAGGAGAUUCUAAGGCGACUGGAGAAGGACAAGAUUCUAGUCUUCACCCCCUCUCGCAGGGUACAGGGUCGGAGAGUGGUGUGCUACGAUGACCGGUUCAUCGUCAAGCUAGCCUACGAAUCAGACGGCAUCAUCGUCUCUAACGACAACUACAGAGACUUAGCGGUGGAGAAACCAGAAUGGAAGAAAUUUAUCGAUGAACGACUCCUCAUGUACUCGUUUGUCAACGAUAAGUUCAUGCCUCCUGAUGAUCCUCUAGGUCGUCACGGUCCCAGUCUAGAGAACUUCCUAAGAAAAAGACCCAUCAUUCCUGAACACAAAAAGCAGCCCUGUCCUUAUGGUAAGAAGUGCACCUACGGGCAUAAGUGCAAGUUCUACCACCCCGAGCGAGGCACCCAGCCCCAGCGUGCUGUAGCUGAUGAGCUCCGUGCUAGUGCUAAGACCUCUGCAGCCAAAGGAACUAGUGAAUCCAACCUAGUGAAAAGCCACAGUGUACCCGGGGGCUCCCGUAACGACAGAGCUGGCGAGGGAAAGCGCGGGCACCCAAAGAGGCAGUCCGACCCCACUGUCCGCACCCUCUCUUACAGCGACGUAGAGGACAAGCUGAGCUCUAAAACCAAAGCAGACCCUCAGAAGAGCAGCCUGGCUCUGCCCCCCGCACCAGGUGGUCCACCUUCCUGCAAUGCUUACCCACAAGAUCAGAGAGAACCACCAACAUGCUUCUCCAAAAACCAUGCUCUACCAGCAUUUCCUCAAACGGACUCCUACCCCACCUGUGAGUCUCCAGACCUUAGCUACUACUCCAUUGUCCGGGCCUACUCUGGUCUCAACCUGUCCAGUCAAAGAAGCCCAGAGCGCCCCUUUCUGCCAGACAUGGACACGAGACUUAGUUCGGUGGCAUCAGACUGCAGCAGUGAAGGCAGUGCCAGCUCUGACUCGUAUGGCACAGCACCUCCUGGUGAACGUUCCUGCAUGAGCUCACCCGACUCCUUGCUGGAUGAUGGACUCAAGUGCCAUCAUCAUCUUCAUCACCACCGCAGACAGUACCCAAUGCCUAUGGUUCUUCCUCCGCCGCCACAUCACCACCAUCAGGGUCGUGUACUUUCCCCAGUCCCAUCAGCACACCCGGGGUACCACCAUGGAAUGGCUCGUGGGCACAGCUUUACACAGGAUGAGCAGUCUCCAGAGCCUCACUUUAAGCACUCGCUGUCCUACAUGGGCCAACAACUCCAGCACCAAAUGGUUGCCGCUAGAUCCAGUUGUCCUGGGGAAUACCCCCCUCACAGUUCUCCAAUGGGCCGAGGCUUAGCUUCCACACGUCUUGAUAGUGUGUCCGACUCCAGGCUCUAUGAGCGCUCUCCUUUGUUGACCAGGAAUCCAUAUUCAGAUCAGGAACGGCUGGCAAGCUGGGAGCCGUAUUACCAGCAGCCCUGCUACGAGCCCUUCACCUUCCAGAGCCUUCCAGAAAACCGACAGCAAACAUGGCGUGUACCCUGGGGACAAGCCUCCAUUCCUCCUCCUCAUCCAUCCCACACUUCCCAUCAGCAUCAGGAGCCGCCCCCUCUCAGCCGCUACCAGGAGGUACGCGAGAAAGUCUUCGUCAACCUGUGCAACAUCUUUCCCACUGAGCUUGUGCGCCUGGUUAUGGGUCGGUACCCUCACGUUACAGAUGCCCAACAACUGGCAGCCGCUAUCCUGGCUGAAAAGAGCCAGUCUGGGUACUGA